CAUCGAUAGUUUGCCACCUCUAGAUUGCGGCAACGAAGAAUAUGCGUAGACGAAAAAUUGUUGAAUAAAUUCAAGUAUUGUGUGUUAAUAAUAUUAAGAUUGAUAGGCAGAAUGGAUGCUGGAUGUUUAUUUUAUCGUGAGGUUUUACCUGACACUUCGUGUCAAGAGGAGUGGACUGAAAUUCAGUUAAAUACUGGUGCAACGCAGAGUACAUUACAGGACAUAAAAGUUGCGGAAAAAGCUGGAGGAUAUUGUUAUCAAAACGUGCGAUUGAACCACAAUCGCAAUCGUUUCAUUUAUUGGCGCACUUAUCAAGAUGUACUGGAACUGUCCGAAGUUUGUUUGGACUUCACUUUGUACAAAAACAAUGUUCGCUACAAGUUUUCUGACACUCCAGUUCUAAAUGUUUGUAUAAGUGAGCAAGAUGGCUAUGUCACGCUGCUUGUGACGACGGUUUGCAGUCUCCACCAUCUAAAGUUUCCACAUCCCGAUACGUUGGCUGAAGGUAGUGGCAAUAAAAUAGGCGCACAGAAUGGAUCAAGCAAUUUGUCAUCAAAGAAUGGUGGAAUUUCUAUAGACUUUAAUGAGUCGCAAACAUUUUCCAUUUUUCAUGAAGCUAAUAACUCGUCUGUGCGCGAUCCAAGCAGUUUCUAUGUCAUUGAUUCACAGAAUGCAGCCUCAAGUCCAGCGCCUCACGCAGCUACCAGCUUUUUAUCACCGAGUGGUGAUGAUGCCUACUUUGCAUUAGCUUGUCAAUCAGAACUAAUGUUGUUCGUAAUGAAUUGCGAGACUGGUGAUACCACUUCUCAGUCAUUAAAGGAGAACAAUAUAAUGCCUCGGCUAUUCUCGAAUUUGAAAAACGCUUUCACCGGCAAAAACGAUUUUUCGGAUGCCAACUAUGCAAAUUCGGUUGUAUUUAGUUACAUCAAUGGUCAGAUAUACUUACUUGCAUUAUAUCGUGACGAUCAAUUGCGUGUGUGGUCAACAACGAAUUUUCAAUGCGCUUGUUCUAUCGAUUGUGUACGCGACAAUAACAGAACUCGUAUACAAGGACCUCAAAGCAGCGCAUUACGUAAAAUAAGCAACACAUCAUUCUGUGCUUUUCUAUCGCACGCUACCAGAUCAGAAUUUGUUUGCAUUAACAUACAUCCUGAAACUGGCACUUCAUCUGGAUUGAGCAUANGUUAUCGUAAAAGCAUACCUGCACCAGCACUGGAUUUAGCUGAUUUUGCAGUGUGUGAAAAUAGAAUCUGGGCAUUGUGGACAAAUGCCGAAGGUGAAUUUAGCAUAUCGAAUUAUCCGCUAUUGCGCGGCUUGGGUAUGAAUUGGUCAUCGGUAGCACUGGAACCGCCACCGGAUCGAUACUGCAUUGUAAAUGAACAUGGCAUGGACCCUCGUGAAGCCUAUUGUAAUUAUAUUUUCCAACGGGGCAUAUUCGAACGCGAAGUUAUUGCGAAGGCCCUAUUUAUGUUUCGGCGCACAAAUUUACGUUUUGAAUCCAAGCACUGUACACUACCUAUACUAAAGGAUCAGGUGUGUCAAGCAGUUGAGGAUGAAAUACAGAAUGAAGUCAAAGAAUUCGAUGUCACUGAUGAGGAUUAUUUGGAAAUAGCUACUCGACAAUGGGAACGCUUCUAUUCUUGUUGCGAACAAUAUCAUUUAAAAUCAUGCCAACCCUGUGGAUUCUUUCUACUCGAACCAAUUGAUGGUCUGUGUGUGGUGAAGAAGAACACUUUUUCCCUUUUGCGCCCAUGUGAAACAUUAGAACAUUUUAUGCUGGUCAGCGAUGAUCUUGACGUGAAUACAGCUGUUUCCACAUAUUUCGCUGGGAAUGAGAGGGUGGGUGAGGACCUUGUUAUUUUAGUUUCCAUUGUCGCUCAGCUUGAGCGUUGGCUGCCGGAUGAAACCAAAGGAGAAAUAGAUAAACGUCUGUAUCGGCUAGAAAUGCCAAAUGUAUUCAUCGCAAAAUUGAGUGACGAAAUUUUAGCAGGUGAUCCUGAUCGAGAAUUAUUUCCUAGCACCUUUUUGGUGUGGAUAAGGCAGAAAAUACAGUCAAUUAAUGAUAUGGGAAUGGCAAUGACGCUAUUACUUGAAAGUCUUCGAAUGGAUAAUGGCAAUCCAGCUGGAAUGCAAACGAAUUUAGGUAUAGUGCAGUCUUCACAAUAUCUAUCUACGGUUGGUGUUCUUUUCGGUAGUCAUUUGGGUUUGUCAGUACUGUCGGAAACUGUGCGUCAGAUAACUGCAAUAAAAUUUUCAAUAUGCCGCAAUUUACUCAUUAUGCAGCAGAUUCUUAUUGACACUUACUCUCUUGGUGUAGAUUUGUUAGAAAAAAUGCGCUCUCAUUUCAUGCCUGAUACAACGAUUUUCUUGCAAUCCUACUUUGUAAUGGGUUGGAUAGCAGAGACGCCCGUGAACAUAGCCGCAGCUGCAUCUUUGGAGAGUUCAAUACAACGCUUGAACCUCUUACAAUUGACUAAUGGUUCAGGGCGUAUUUACUCGAAUGGUGGAAAAUAUCAUGUAUCUCCUUUGGUGCGAGUCUUCUUAAACGCAAAAGGAUUGUAUGCCUCCAUGGCACUUUACGCUGACAAUUUUAAGAAUAGUGAAAAUAUCCCCACUUUGUCGAAUACCCUACUGCCUCUUACUACCAUCGUCAGUCAAUUGAUCUGGCCAGUCUCUUUUAAUUUUGUAUUUGGUGAAUGGUUAUUUGGAACCUGCCAACACAUAGUUAUUCAGAAUUAUGUGCGUUUGCUUAGCAAUUGGUGUGAAUGGAAUAUUUGUUCACGACAAUUUAUUUUGGCCGUUUCCUUGCUUGACAGUGGGGAAUCAUUUAAAGCCUAUGACCUUUUCCUCCAGUCAGCAAAAGGUGUACUACGCGAACAAUUCUUAACAGACAAAAUUCUUAAGGGUACUCCACUGGCUCAACGUGCAGAAUAUCUAUCUACUAUCGGAGAAAAUGACGGUGGUGACGCGUUAGAUACUAACGUCAAUAACCAAGUCAUUACACAAUAUUAUUUGAAAGUGAUUCAAUUGCUUGAACAGCAUAACGCGUUGGACCACAUUAUUUCUAUGGCACAAGUAGCCAUUGGGUUACUGGGAAAAUCUGACUCUCAAUUGCCGAUGUUUCAAUCUAUCGUUUUCAAUAAUCAUCUGCAGUUAGAACACUACGAGGAGGCCUACCACUCGCUCAUCUAUAAUGCGGAGCUAUCACGUCGCAAAGAUUGCCUUCGUCAGCUAGUUGUGACAUUAUUUAACCGUAAAAGACUCGACUUACUCAUGCAUUUUCCCUAUGUUGGGUUACACGAAGAAUUCGAAAAUAUUGUGGAAUCGCGUGCACGGUCACUAGUAAUCGAUCAGAAUGAGGUAUAUGAUUUUCUAUAUGCAUUUCAUGUCAACAACGGAAAUAUGAGAAAAGCUUCUGCCAUAAUGUAUGAGCAGGCAAUGCGUUUCCAGCUUGAAGGCGAUUCUAUCGAAUCUAUGGAAAAACGUUGCGCUUCCCUUUUAGUUUGUAUCAACUCUCUGCAUCUAAUUGAUAGGCGAUAUCGUUGGAUAGCGAAACCAGUGAUUGGAUUAGAUGACGCACAACCAUUGAGCGCAUUAAAUGAUUCAGAGCCGAUGGAUAGUAAGCCAGAUGAUGAUGCCAUACGUGAACAAGUUGUAGUUUUAGAAAUAAAAGAUAUAAAACGUGAAUUAUUGCAUACGGAAGCACUGAUGCGACUCGCAGAUCAUCGCAAAGACAUACAAACUUUUAUCCAUGCAGGUCCACAAGAAUUGGCGAUUAUUUUAUCUGGCUGUGGACUCUAUACUGCUGCACUUAAGCUCGUCAAUGGCUUCGAAAUAUCAACUCUUUCCAUAUUCGAAAGUCUAACUGCAGCGUGUGUACGCGUUUCUGAGGAAAGCGCUAAUGAGGCAUGGGCGUGGUUACAGGAAAAUGACUUGGCUGAUUUACCUCACCGCAAUAAAGCUGCUGAUAUGGCCUGGUCAUUUUUACAAAAACUUAUUUAUGACAAUGAGUUGGAAAAUGCAACACGCAUACGCAAAUCUGUGGUGAACAAACUGCUUAGCCUCAACGCUUUUGUGCCGCAAUGGUUAUACAAUGAAUAUAAGAUGGCUAAUUGCACCGAGUUGUUGUAUUUGUUUGUCAAACAUAAUCGGUUGAUUGAGGCUGCCGAAUUAGCACAGGAAAUGAUCAGCGCAAUGUUAGGUGCUGGAAGCGAAUAUUUUAGUUUUAAACAUGCAAUUGCUGUUACCAAUCAAGAGAUGUGUCUGCCAGUGAAUACAUUAGAUCUCUUGUUGCAUGGAUUAAGAUUAAACGCUGAUUCAGAUAUUGAGUACAAACAGGUGCUCAGCGAUUUAGAAGACAUCAUACAGAUCUAUAUUGAUACGGCACAGCGCACAGCGGAUGAUAAAAUACAAAUGGCAUUCCAGGAACAACGGUCACACCAGCGCCAACAAGUAUUCAUGGCAUGAAACAACUUAUGUACAUCCAUAUAUUUUUUUUAUUUAAAUUUUGUUUCCUAGUACGACAUACAAAUAUAAAUUAUACUUACUAAAACAAA